AACUGCAGACACACCUAUCUACGAUUGAAUAUUUGUGUGUAAUAUUUGUCUCUUCUGGUUCAAAGUAUUGACAAGUUGGGUCAUGUCAACAUAUUUUGUUGAUAUUAUCAGACAUACAUUUGGUGAGAAAGAAGAAACAGUUAGGAUUGUUUUGCGUGGAGGGUGGUGUAGGAUAGAAGAAAACCCCGACAGUUUUGAAUAAUGAUAAAUGUCGUUUUAUGAUUUUUCUUAACAUAAACACGAAUAUAUAACACAAUAAUUCGUGAGAGGGUACUAUAUAUAGGUCAAUUUCAUUUUAUUUCAUACCUAUGAAACGGGAAGCAUUUAACAUGUAUGUUGUCGCGUUUUUGUUCCGAUCAAGGCAAGAUAUUCCUACUGUUGAGUAUUGUACUCUUGCUAUAAUGUUAUUUGUAUUCUAGUGACACUGUAAGAUAUGUUACCGUGUAUUGACCUGUAAAUAUGUAGACUCAUUCAAACAAACCUAAAGGAUUUACAUUUACCUUCACAUGAAGCCCAUCCUUGUCACACCCAGAAUAAUGAUACAUUUGUCGUAACGACAUACACACUUUUUUGUACAAGCAGACAUUAACAUGAUACUAUUACUAACAGUUAUUUGUAACGUUCAAGAAAUAUAUAUAUAACAUUGUACAUGUACAAGACAUUGCUUGUCAGGUACAUUCAACAAAAUGAGUUUUUGCAUAAUGUACAAGUACUGACAUGCAUGAGAAAGUAUUUGUAAAUUUCAUUUGUGAAUACCUGUUAAAUGGACAGUUAACGCAAGGCAGCCGGUACAAUACAUUUUGCAAUCUUGAUCUUCAGCGACUCAAAGACUAAUCAUCAUUGUGUUGUUUAUGCCAUGAACGGUAUCAGAGUCGGGGUCUAUCUGUAUAUUUAAAAGAAAAACAAUAACACGGGGUACCACUUAUUUAUAUCUGUAUCACAAUGAAGGUAGUUUGGCUAAGGAGGAGUGGCGUUAAGAAAAAGCUGGAAGGGUAUUUAACCUGUUUCCUUACCCUUACUCAACGAUACAAAAUCUUACCUUUUCAGUGUUUAAACACAAAUUAAUCGUGUAACUGUGUGUCAAUUAAUUUGAAGUAUUAUUAAAAUGUCAGUAAAGUUUUGCCAUUUACAACGUUUUAACAAUGUAUGGACAAAAAUGUAAAUAUAACUAGCAGGAACCUAUGAAGUUGGUAAAUUGAUUUUUUACUGCCCAUGAACACAAAAAUGUCAUUAGAGCCAAUAAACUGUAGACUUGACAUGCUAAACGAAAUUACAUCAAAAUAACAUAAAUGUAAAAGACAAGGUUCAGCAUAAAACACAUGUUAAUCGUGUGUAAUAUUGAUUUGUGAAACCCGUACUGCUGUACUGUAUAUAAUAAAUCGAUUUUAUCUUCCUUCUUUUUGUACUAUGUAUGGUUUAUGUGCAGUCAUAACACAGGUAUUUAAAUGUCAAACCUACAGUACUUAAUCGACCGACAACCAGGUAUUGUGAAUUUGUCACGUGAUUAUGUAACCUAAUACGCAUGUAGAUUGAUAUAGGCGACUGCCAUUUGAAGUAGUGUUUUACACACAGCAGGUACAAUGCUGUUUUGUAUAGAUGAUAAUUAUUAUGAAUGGGUUCGGUAGGAUGAUUCCCGUCCAAAAGAGUCAUGUCAAGAAAGAAUCUGCGUUUGUCGUCCCAAUGGGUUGAGUCUAUGGAGUUACUUUGAUUACGAAAAACCUGUACGAUCAUUCUACACGAUAUGACCUGACCUCUGCACUUCAAGACUGACCUGUUGCCUUUGAAAUAAGGCAUUGGUUAUAUAUUUGAAAAUGAUUCCUGCUUUGUCUGCAUGAUCUUAUUAUAAGAUUAUUAAGGUUCAACCAAUAUGGCGGAAGAUAUUUCUGAGGAUGCUAUCGAUUUUCAUAAUGAAAUGGUGUUCGAUUUGGGUGAAGGUAUAACUCAGAAACAGUUAUUCAAGUUAAAAUGCCUAUUUGAUGGUAAUCCUCUUUCUCAAAACGAUAUCAAUCAAAUCAAAACAAUACAGGAACUAUUUAUCCGCCUGAAGAUCGAAAAAAUUAUUUCUGUUGGAGACUAUAAAAAAUUCGUACCAAAGCUGAAAUUAGUAAAUCGGGACCUGUGCUCAAUUGUUGACACCUGCACCAACAAAAUCAAAAGUUUACGCCGAGAGGAAGAUAUAGAGGGAAUGGUUAUAUCAAUGGAUGAGACAAAAUACCAUGCGAGCGAAGGAUCAACAGCAUACAUAGAUUGUACGGUGGAUCCUAAAGCAGACAGCAUUACAUGGAAAAAGGGAAAAAAACGCCCACUACUAAGCACAAGAAUUCCUAUUGACAAUCGUAAAUAUUUUUCUGGAUAUCCAAAAGCUCCUACCCUUGUGAUAAAAAAAUCAAGCAAAUCAAAAGAUGAAGCUCACUACCAAUGCAGUGCGAAAGCCAAAUCAAAAGCAGUUGACGGUGAAAUCGUACACUUGGAAGUAUCGGACGAGGGUAAAUCGAAUGCGACUACAACCGGAAGUACGAAAUCCUACAAUAGUCCUUCGAAAAGUGGUCUGUCGACUGCAGUUGGGCACGAAGUAAGCCAGCAGGAAAACGAUUCCGAUAACGACAACGAAAGUUAUAGGCGGAAAUCACAUCCCAAUUUAUCGUCCAGCGCUGAGGGAUCAAAAGCUGAUUUAAAUAACUCGUCAAUAUCUUCGACAGGGAGAAAACGGUCUCUUAGUUAUUCCACAACAGAGAUGCAUACCCGAAACAUUGGAGAACGAGAUAAUCAUGCUGAUCAAGGAUGUCAGGUAUCGUUGGUCGUUCGAAAUGAAAUAGAUAUUAGUAGAGAAGCAUCAGUAGACGACUUUUCAAAAGGAUUUUCGACAAUUACUGAAGAAUACGGCCGUGUGAAAAAGGUCACAUUUGAAAAAAAAUGUAUACUUGUACGAGUAUUCAUCACGGCCCCUAGAACUGUAUCAGAACCGUCCUCUGUACAUCUGGCUGAAAAAUUUAGGCAUUAUAUACUGGAUGGUGGACACCUUCGACUAUCGGACGAAUCCCGCACGAUUUUGGACAUAGACAAAGAUAGUUUUAAGAUAACCCCUACAAAUGCAUGUCACAAUGGUCUUCCGUAUGUGAAUGUAAGUCAUGGCAUGUUCACUGUUCCCGUUGGCGAGUCGGCCAUCUUACAAACCUACAUCAUCGCUAAGGAAGAAGCUACGUCGAUUCGAUGGUUUAAACUAAAAAGUGAUCAGCAGAGUGCUAUAGAGAUCGACAACAAAAAGUACUUUGGAGGCUCUGAUCUUUCACCCACAUUAAUCAUCCGCAAUGCCAAUAUUGACGAUCAAGGACAGUAUUUAUGUUGGGCAACAAAUAAAAGGGGAACUGGCUCGAGCAACAUUUCAUUCGUUUCAAUUCAAAAUGGGCGAAUUAACGGCACAAAACGCAAAAGGACCCCCAUGACAACCUGUCACAGUAACAAACCAGUUGUAUAUACGGGUGUUGGAUGGGGAUCUCAACCGUUCUCAUGCUAUGACCAAGGACACAAAACCCAUGGGACGAAGACAGACGAUUUAGCCAAUCCUAGUACAACUGUGAUGCAUGGAACAAAACCAAAGAUGAUUUGUUUGGAAAGUGAGGCAACAUCCGGAGAGAUGCCCCAUUCGACGGAUUUUACUUUCACAACACUCCCGGAGCAGAACUUUGAACCAAUAACACUAGUCAAAAAACGACACAUUGAGACUGUGCGUUCGCCAUCUGAUAUAACUGAUUCGGGUGAUGACUAUGGACAGCCAUCAAGCUCCAAAUCAUCGUCAAGCGCCAGAGGAUCACCACCUUUAAAGAACACUGACCCGACUGCAGAGAUGCAUUCCCAAUACAUCGGAACACAAGCUGUAACGCUUGAAAUGCCAAUAGCUCUAGGAAAACAACGGCGCAUCCAGACGGAGCAUUCGCCAUCUGAUAUAACUGAGAACUCAACUGCCGAAUGUGUUGAAGAAACUGCGUCCAAGAGUCCCGGUGAUGCCGCAGAUGAAAACAUGCUAUUCCAGCCAAAACUAAGUGGAGGAGUCAUCAGUGAUCUUACAGAGUUUGGUAUGAGUAAUGACCAGGGAUGCCAGACAUCAUUUGUCAUUAAAAACAAAACAGACCCAAAACGACCGGAAUUAGUAUCUGACAUUUCAAAUGAAUUAGCAGUAGCAACUAAUGCAAACGAGCGAGUGAAAGACAUCACAUUAAAACCAAGGGGAAUUAGCGGCACAAAACGCAAAACACCCUGUCACAGUAACCAACCAGCUGGGAUGCUCGGAACAACACCAAAGAUGAUUCGUUUGGAAAGUGAGGCUGGAAAGGUUCCCCAUUCACCGGAUUCUACUUUCACGGCAGUUACGGAGCUGGACUCUGAUCCAAUAACUCUGGCAAAACCCCGACGCAUUAAGACAUCUGAUAUAACUGAUGAAAACAUGCCAGUCCAGCCGAACCCAAGUGGAAGAGACCUCUGUGCUUCUACAGAGAACUUACCUGCCAUAUGUGGUGACGAAAUUGCGUCCAAGAGUCUCCAUGACGCCGCAGAUGAAAACAUGCCAGUCCAGCCGAACCAAAGUGGAAGAGACCUCUGUGAUUCUACAGAGAACUUACCUGCUGAAUGUGGUGACGAAACUGCGUCCAUCGGUGACUCCGCAGAGAACUUACCUGCCGUAUGUGGGGACGAAACUGCGUCCAAGAGUUUCGAUGACACCGCAGAUGAAAACAUGCCAGUCCAGCCGAACCAAAGUGGAAGAGACCUCUGUGAUUCUACAGAAAUUGUACGCUCUGAACAUGCUGCCAAAACUGCCUCUAAGAGUUCCAGCGACAUUGAAGAUUCAAACCUUAACAGAAAAAAUAUGAUAGAUGUGCACCCUAAAUUUGCAAAUAUGAUAGAAUCUACCAAAUUGAUGCUGAAAGAAGAAGGAAACAAAAAACUGUGGGUUGACACCAAAGGUUUCGUCGAAGCAAAGAAAACGCUGUUGGAGAACGAGCUGCAUGUAGUCAUAAUCAAGGGAAACUCAGGAGAUGGGAAAACUUCGAUUGCAUGUCAGCUACUCCGAGAGCUGUGUACAUGUACGACUGAGGCGGAUGGUAAACGACGAAGAGGUAGGCAACCACUAGAACUUAACUACAUCAAAGACUUGGAUAAGCUGGCUAACAAAUCACAUUUGGCUAUAUUUUUGGAUGAUUUGUUUGGAAAGAAUGUUGUGUGUAAAGAGGAUUUGAAAGAAUUGAAGAAAAUAGAAAGGCAUCUUCUUUCGAAGCUUCGCGGGGUUGAACAUUCAGAAGUAAAUUUUCUUAUCAUUACUAUUCAAAGUUUGAUAUUCAAUUCUGUGCGAAAACACUUGACUGGAAAGUUGUUCUCUGAGUCAAGCAUUAUUGAUUUGACAUCCAGCAAAUAUAUUGAUUUUCAGGACAAAACGAAACUUUUACGCAGGUAUGAACCGGAACACAAGGAAUUUGAAGCAUGGAAAGAUGAUGAGGUCGACAAAAUUGUCAAAUUAGCCCCCGACAUUGGUUUCCCUCAGUGUUGUAGGCUAUUCAGAGAUUCGCCAACACUACAAAAAAAGAGAGUGGCUUUCUUUGAAACGCCGUUCCAUUUUUUGAAAUCCCUUAUGACGCAAUUAACGGGAGGUCAUUUCUAUGGUUUGGUGUACCUGUUUCUCAAAGAAGGGCAGGUAACUAAAACAGAUCUAGAUCCAGAAAAUGAAAACCGUGACCAAACGUUAUUAGACGCAGCAUUUGCUGUUGAUGUUAUCAAUGUUGACCCAACUCCAGAAGUUCUCUAUAAAACGGGGACAACAGAAUAUGUUCAGAAAUCGUUGGAACAACUGGUAGGCUUCCUGGUGAAAAAUGUGGAGGUGGAAAUCAGAAAACAAGACUACCAGGAAUUCACAAGAGUCUGUGCGUUCAGGUUCAAUCAUGACUCUAUAGAACAAACAGUGGCAAUUUUGUAUGGAGAAAAAACCCACGUCGGUUUCAUAAAAAACUGCCCAAGAACAUUUCUUAGUUACAUAGCAACCAAAGCAACCAAUAGGCACACUGAGCACAGCAUAGUUUUGACCGAAGAAGAACACACAGCAUUGUACUCACGUUUAUUGAGAGAAUUUGACGACAUUCGUUUAAAAUACCAAGAAGUUGCUUAUAGUGACAUAUGGUAUUUGUACCAUUGCAUUACUUUGAUGGAUGUAUGGGCCGAUAUCAAUUUCAUGAAAGGGUUUCUUGGAUGGCUUGAUGAUGAAAAACGUGACGAAAAAUUGAGCAAGUGGAUCAGACUUACCCUGCUGAAUAAAUCUUGUUCUAAUGGUGCAAAUGAGUGUGCAUUAUAUCUUCUUCAGAAGGGUGCAACACCUGAUGCACGCACGCACAGUUUUGUGAUUGAAGGAGACUGUGUUGAUGUCCUGAAGAAAAUUGACAGGGAUUUGAUCAACGUUACAAAAACCGACUUGUUGAAUGAAGCAUGCUCAAUGGGUUCGGAGAAAUGUGCUUUGCAUUUGUUAUCAGAGAGUGAAAUCAAUAAUGACACACCGUUUUGCGUGGUGGAGGGGGGGAGGUCGAGAGUUUUGAGACAAAUGCUUCCUGAUAUCAAGGAGGAAAUUAGAGCGAAGGAAACAAGGGCACCAAAUCGUCUUGCACUUAAUAUAAAUGUGCUACAUGAGGCAUGCCUGUUUCAAAGAGAAGAUAUGGUAGAAAUGCUGUGUGAUAGAAUACCAAACAUGAUAUUUGGUACUACUUCAUGGGGUGAAAGUGUGUUCCAUCUCGUUUCAAAAACAGGGAACUGCAACGUGUUUCAGGCUUUGGAGAAAAAAAUGUUUAAGUACCUUCAUUUUGUUAAAGAUGAACACCAAAUGUGUGAUUCAGAAGGUAGUGAUACGACACACAAGAAAUGUGCGCAUGAGCAGUACAUGUGUGAGCUGGAGGAUGUUGAUGGUGUAACGGUGUUACAUCAGAGUUGUAUAAGUGGAGUCAAGGACCUGUGCAUGUAUCUUUGUAAAUGCUAUCCAGCACUUACUAACGUACGGGCCGCAGACGGUCGUCAUUGUCUACAUUAUAUAGCAGAGAAUACAUCAGAUGUGGCCUUGUUCGAAGAAUUUGAAACUUAUGUGAAACAGAACAUGGAAUCAAUAGGGCAGACGUAUGACAUCACAAGCAUCAAAGACAAUCAAGGGCAAACCAUUUUCGACAAAACAAAAUCAAAUGCAAAGAGAAGGAAAAGGAAUGAAUUGAAAACCAAUCCUUUAAAUGAUUAUAUUGCCGACAUCUGGCCUUCAGCUGCGACAUCCAAUGACAAAUGAAUCUCAAUGGAGUCGAAUAUAAUCCCAGCCGAAAUCUUUCUAGUCAUUUUCUAGGCUGUAAAAGUAGAAUGUGCUAGAUUGUUACAAGUAGUUACCUUCAACAACCAAACUUUAUUUCUUUUCUCUUCUAACAGAAUAUUUCCCGAUACAAAUCUAAAAAAGUUUUGUUUAUGUUGAACUUUCACUUUAAUGGGCUUCCGUAAAUUACACUCCAUGUGGUAUAGCUAAUUAAAUAUGAAAUAGAUAAUGCAUAUGGAAACAGAAUUUGCCUUAAGGAAAUUCAUCUUUCAGAAUAGAAUGGUGUCGUUUGAUCAUACAAUUACUGUUUAGAGAACAUAUUUUAGGAAAAGGCAACGAAACGUUUAUCGGACUGUCACAGUUAGUUAUCUGCGAAAAUGUCGCAUAUAUUGAAUUGCAUUCUCGUCGGAUUGACAUAAGGUGGACAUUAUUGAUAUGAUAAAGGUAUUACUAAUGUAACAAGAGAAGAAAUAUCACCGCCGGACUGCAAUUUGAACCCGGGACCUACUGAAAUUUAGGCGGUCACCGGUGAUUGAUUCAAUCCAUCUCCGCUACAUUUUCCCCUCUGCAUUUUCCCCACUUUCUAAGUCUUUGCCCCCGAAGACAACAAUAUUCACUACAACGGUUCCUGUAUCCCCAUGCCAGUCACUCAUCCAGUAUUUGAAACAAAGGUUGGUAACGGCACGAUAUAAACACAAAUGCACCGCAAGAACGGUUCCGAACCAGAAACCUUCCGCAAUUAAAAUGGACGCUCUGAUUGAUUGAGCUGCGUGGUCGCCGGCGACCUAUCUUGUUAAGCUCCGCUACAUUCCUCUCUCUUCUCCCCUGAAGACAACAAGCCAGGUUUGGGUUUCCGAUCGUUAUUUAGGUUUAAGGUCCUCACGACAGCCAUUGUCAUAGGAGGACGGGUGCCUAGUGAGACACAGCCUGAAUCUGAAAUGCAGACAAAAAGAAGAAGAUAGGAACCAAAACUUGUUGCAAUUGAAGAGAAUAAUUGAUUAAUUACGGAGGACAUAUCAGUCGCCUUUUAACGAUGAUCAUGCAGUGAGAUACAGCAGGUAUAUUCUUGAUUUCUUCAAUGUCCCC